AUGGCCAUUCCGCUAGCCUACCAGACAAAUCUCCCGGCGAUGCCAGAAUGGCUCAACAACGGCGAUAACGGGUGGCAGCUCGCGGCGGCGACGCUGGUGGGGCUGGUGGUGCUCUACGGGAGCAUCGUCAAGAAAAAGUGGGCUGUAAAUUCAGCCUUCAUGGCCCUAGACGCCUUCGCCGCCACCCUCAUCAUCUGGGAGCUCGUCGGCUUCCGCAUGGCCUUCGGCGAGCGACUCCUCCCUUUCUGGGGCAAGGCCGGCCCCGCCCUCGGCCAGGACUACCUCCUCCACCGCGCCAAACUGGCGGCGACUACCCACUUCUUCCGCAAUGGCACGAUGGAGAACGAGAUGAUCGAGCCGUUCUACAGCAUGACCUCCCUCGUCUACUUCGAGUUCAUGUUCGCGGCGAUCACGCUCAUCUUCCUCGCCGGCUCGGUUCUCGGUCACAUGAACAUCAAGGCUUGGAUGGCCUUCGUGCCCCUGUGGCUGCUCUUCUCCCACACCGUCGGUGCUUUCACGCUCUGGGGAGGAGGAUUCCUCUACCACUGGGGAGUCAUCGACUACUCCGGCGGCUACGUCAUCCAUCUUUCUUCUGGGGUCGCCGGAUUCACGGCCGCCUACUGGGCCAACUCAAUUGGGCAGCCAUUGGGCCUGAAUGAGGGCUAA